AUGAGCUUCAGCAAGAAAAAUGGCACAGAAUCUCUGAACAACUCCUCCGCAGUCCACGUCGCCAUGUCUACAUCUUUGCCAAAAAGAUCAAGCUCUCCACAAACAUCAAUUUCAAACGAUCCAAAUUACUUGAAGUUUGGAGUGAAUGCGAUUCUCGCGUCAACAACACGAAACGCUUCACCACCACCGUCAGUGCAAGGGAUGAAUGCGAAAACAUUUCCGUUCCCAUGUUUUGACGGAUCAUUCCACCCAUUCAUCAGAGCAUCAUAUUUCCCAGCGUCGUCUUCAGCAGUGCAUAUUCCCGGAACUUUCGCAUGGCCACUCACGGCUCGAGGGAAGCCGAGGAGAGGAAUGCUUCGACGGGCCGUCUUCUCUGACAUGCAGCGAAAAGCGUUGGAAAAGAUGUUUCAGAAACAAAAGUACAUCAGCAAACCAGACAGAAAGAAACUGGCGACGAGACUUGGCCUCAAAGAUUCUCAGGUAAAAAUUUGGUUCCAAAAUCGAAGAAUGAAAUGGCGCAAUUCCAAAGAAAGAGAGCUUCUUUCAUCAGGAGGUUGCAGGGAACAAACAUUGCCGACGAAAAUGAACCCCAAUCCUGACCUGGGCGACAUUGGAAAAAAGUUUGAAACUGACGUGGCUCUGCGAGAAAGCCCGCACGCGCCUUUCUGUCAGCCGCGCGGGGAUCACGAGCUCAACGUAGCUUUGCAUUUCACUUCGCCUUCCAUCUCCAGCAAUCACUCAGACUUCUCAGAACCAGAGGACGAGGAAAUAACCGUGUCAUAAUCAUGAAGCAGAUUGUGUAAUUUGCAAUGAAUUAUGUUUAUGCACAAAACUGGAGAAAAACUUUAAGAAAAGUGGCCUUGUUUGACACGGUAGCUGUGUGAACUUUGAUAGGAAACCUUUCAGUUGAAGAGAGAACGUUGCAGCCGCUGCGUUUUUGGCAGCUUGUAUAGUGUUGUGUAUGAAUAAUUUGUAUGGAAUUUUUAUACCAAGAUUAUUAUAAUCUUUCUUAAUGAUUUGGUAUACGUUGUCUAUAAUCUUAAAUACGUA